AUGGAUGUUGGCAGCGGCUUUAUAGGCGAUGAACAGAAUACUUUUGAAAUGCAGCAACUUGAUUUAUUUUCUGCUGUCAAAAAGCUUCAUGUAUUAAGUUCUAAAGAUCUUGGCAAGCUAAUAAGAGAUGCCAAAAAUGGUAUCAUUAAAUAUACUAUAAAUGGAUCAUCUUUUGAGAUAAAUGUGGAAAAUCUAGGAAGACCUCUUGUUAAGUGGUUUAAAGUUUUUGUUGAAGAUAUGGUUGUACAAGAAGAGAUGCUUAAUUCCAUAUUUAGCAUGAUUCGUGUUCUUAGUCAGUUAGGAAAGAAAAUUAAUGGUCUAAGCCAAAUGGUCCUGUACUCAGCGCUGUUGUCUAAUAGUAUGUAUUUACUUAAAGCCUUCAUUUCGUCAGAGUGGAAAGACAUCGCUGAUGUUCUACUUGCACAUCCUGAGGUUGUCGACUUCACAACGGCAGCUCUUACUGCUGUCCGUUUAACUAUUAAUCUUCUUCAAGCGAAGCCGACAACACAGUGUAUUAACUCUCGCAUGCAGCCCAAUAAUGAAGUCUACUGUCUCUUCCAUCUUUGUGAAUCUUCUGUGCAGUUUAUUCAAUCACUAUGCAAACAACUGUUAUUUCGGGAGCGCCUCGUUGAAAAAAAGGAACUAUGUGGAGGAGGUGCUGUUUUUCGGUUGGUUCAAGACACCUUAAACCUGCCACAGCAUGAUGAUCCAUUUCUUGAAAGUGUGGUUAAUAGGCUUAAAGCAAAAGUUUUAUCUAUCAUGCUACUUCUUUGUCAAGCCGAAAGCUCAUCUUUCAUGGAUAUGGCUUCCAGCACCCCUCAAGGCAAGGGUUUUGCUCAGGUGAUUGAAGAGCUAGAUAUGAUGUGUGAUGGGGAUUUGAAAAGCCAAACAAAUGGACUUUUGCUAAUUAAUGCAAUGAAGCUAACAGAAGUAUUCUCUGGUGCUUCUGGAUUCAAAACUUUCACAGUCCAUAACUUGACAGAACUUUUGACCCGAGUGCUUUCACAGCCUCAAAGAGAGUUCUUAUCCACUUGGUGUUCCUAUGAUCCUGAGCCUGCUGAAGAGGAGAUUGUUGUGGAUUUUAAUCCCACAUUAGCAGCUGGACAUGUAUUGGGUUUGACCUCAGAAUUCAACGUCCAACAUUCUACUUGGAGUAACUGUCAGGCUCCUCAUGUUGGGAAACAAGCGGUCUCAAAGAAUCCCAACAACCCUCCCAAAGCUAACAAUAGAGAAAUAUAA